AACUUUAUGCACAAGUUUCCUCAUAUGAUAAGAGUCUCCGUUUGCUCUUGCAUGCUCUCAUUGGAAGAUAAUAAAGUACAUUUAAAACAGUAAAUCUCAUCUUCUGUCCUACGAUAAUAUCAGAAAUACACUUACGGAGCACUUAAUUAUUUACGCAAUGCGUAAAAUCAUGCAGAUACAAAUCAAGAGCUUCAGUUAAAGUUCACAUCAAACAUCAGAAUGAAGAUAAAUUGUGAUCUAAAAUGUGAAAUGUAAUCAGUGUGAUGAUUUUUGAGUAUUUGUAUAACUGCUGAUCAUCUGAGAUUUUCUCUGUAGAGUUUAAUCAGAGCGGUGCGAAAAACAAAAAACAUCCAGUGAGCGGUAGAGCUGCGGACGUAAACGCCUUGUAUAAUAUAUAAUAUAUAUAAAAGCACUAUCGUUCCUAGUUCUGGAAAUUAAUUUAGACAUCUCUGAUGCUUUAAUAUCUUUAGUCCAGGUAUAAACUCCUGAUUGAUGUUCCGAGGGUCUGUUGCUCCUUCAGUAGCAGAGGAACUGAAGCUUCUCCUUGCAGUCUCUGUUCUCCCAGACAUGCGUGUUGAAGUUGUGAGCUCCGCAGCGGUAACGUGGCGCUGGGCAUGAGUUCUGCGAGAACGUGAUCGACGCCUCCUCCCCAGUCACCCACAUCCAUUUUCUGGCUAUGAAGCGCAAACCCGUCCACACGCUAGUGGUCUGAGCCGGAGCGACCUCUUGUUCGGCCAGGCGAAGCUGCGCGGGAACGGUCAGGGAAGCCAAAGCAGUGUGGUAGCUCCUGCAGUACUCGAGAGCCUCGUCCCAUGUUUUGUUCUCCAUCACCAGCGUCAAGCUUCUGUAACAAAAGAAGUAACAUCUCUUGGAGCAGCUGUUGAUGUCCCAGCCCAGUGGAGUUGAAAUAACACAAUCCUCGGUUGUUUUAGAUUUAGUGAGGUUGCUGUUUUUCCACUUAAACAGAGUAGGAGUUUGUCCAUCAGACCACUGCCAGGUGUUUGAGAGUGGCUCGGUUCUCUUCAGCCCAAUCCAGGCGUACAGGUAGAAGCCUUCUUCAGACCACACCAGUUUAUUUUGCUCCGUGUCAGUAGUGAUGGUUGCCAGGUCUGUGAACUUCUGUCUGCAGUAGCUCUGAGCUUCAGACCAGUUCACUGCCUUGGUAACUAACUUAUAUUCUCUCAGCAGACCUACAGACGUGCCACAGAGUAGCAGCAGGAGCAAAAUAACCAGGAACGAUUUCAUCUUUGAUUUCAUCUACGAUGUGUUUGAGCUCUUCCAGUCUUUCCUGUGCAUCUCUGGCAGCUCGACACACGCCUUUAAGUCCAGCCCAGAUUAUUUAAAACACAUGCAAAAGACAUCCGAUUAAAUGCUAAGCUCUAAUCCUGUCUUUUCCCGUAUUUAUAUUGUCUUCAUUUCACUUCAUCUUAAUGAAUACAGGAGUUAAAUUGGAGGUGAGAAGGAAGGACGUGAAGGAUCUCUGAAAUUUUAAUUGGUGACCAGCAAACAGAGCUGAUCUCUGAUACAUCAGAUGGAAAUUUAACCAAAUCCUAGGAGUCAAGUGUUGAAAGUAAAUGUUAAAUUUUGAAAACUGUCACAUUUCGAAUGUCUGGCUGUAAAGAUGAGCCAAAUGCAAACUAGUUUAGAUAACGCGACCUUGUCGUUCACCUUUCAACCUUUUAGGAAGAGGAAUCAUUGAACUCACUGAGUCAUGAGUCAUGAAAUGAUUCAUUGAGUCAAGGGACCGGUUCAGCAAACACGCGAUUGUAAAUACAAAGAACACAAUAUAAAAUAUAUAUAUACAAUAUAUAUAACACAAUAAAAAAAAUAUAAAAGUAAUGACGAAAGUAAUUUACUGAGUCACACACUGAAUACGAGAGAGUAUAUCUCAGUCAUGACAAAAAUGAUUCACUGAUUCAGGAGUCAACUUAUGGAUGAACCUUAAUGUAGUUAGCAACUUAGCAAAUGUUGUAACAUGCCAACAAACCAAGAGCAUCUUUCAAAACAUCAUAAACAUUAUAUAUAAACAUAAACAUAUUAAAUAUUACACCUUCUCUCUCUCUUUCAAAACAUCAUAAACAUUAUAUAUAAACAUAAACAUAUUAAAUAUUACACCUUCUCUCUCUCUUUCUCUCCCGAUUUCUCACAACAAGCUAACAUUAUUUUUUUUUUUCCCCCACACAUUUUUAUAACAACACAAAGUUAGGGGUCUUACAUACUAACUAAGUGGAUUAUUGUUUGUCAUAAUUAUUAUUUUUAUUAAUUAACAGAAGAUGUGGAUCGAACACUUUUCACAAUUUAGCAAGCUAGCUUAAGUGACAUGCAUAUUCCUUAAUCAAUCAAAUUCAGUAUUCUCACUGUGAUUGUCAGAUUUAAUGUUAUAGACGGUAUCUAAAGAAAUGAAAUGUGUGUUGUCUUAUUUUCAGCUAACAUUAGCUAAUAAUUUCCAUCUGAUUGCUGAGAUAUACAGGACAUUUUGGACCUAGUGCUCAACAGUCUAAAUAGUGUGACAUUUUUUAUGGCAUAUAUUAGUUAUAUUUUGUAUUGCACAUGCACAGACCUAGCUCAAUAACUUUUAAUAUCUAGACUACAGAUGAUAUGCAGAGUUAGUUUGGGUAUACUUAGUGCCAUAAAAAAAAAUACAGUAUAAGUUCAUCUAAUGUCAGAAAAGAUUCGUUCUUUGCAGCAUUCAUACAAUUUGUGCCAUAGAGUAUGAACUGCUUUGUGAUCUAACCAAUCGUAGUGCAUGACUGGGAUACAGUUAGCCAAUCGGAAUGCAGGAUGGAGUAUAACUAGCCAAUCGCAGCGCAGGAGGCGGGACUUGUGAAAACACGGAUGUAGGGAGCGAAAUAACGCGUCCAGAACUUAGGGGUGUUCCAAGAUGGCGUCGAUGCAGAAGAGGUUACAGAAGGAACUGUUGGCGUUGCAGAGUGAUCCACCUCCGGGAAUGACGCUGAAUGAAAGGAGCGUUCAGAACACAAUCACAGAGUGGUUUAUAGAUAUGGAGGGCGCUCCCGGAACCCUGUACGAGGGCGAGAAGUUCCAGCUCCUGUUCAAGUUCAGCAGCCGAUACCCGUUCGACUCUCCUCAGGUCAUGUUCACCGGCGAGAACAUUCCGGUCCAUCCGCACGUCUACAGCAACGGACACAUCUGUCUGUCCAUUUUAACGGAGGACUGGAGUCCGGCUCUGUCCGUCCAGUCCGUGUGUCUGAGCAUCAUCAGCAUGCUGUCCAGCUGCAAGGAGAAGCGACGUCCACCUGAUAACUCUUUCUACGUACGAACGUGUAACAAAAACCCAAAGAAGACGAAGUGGUGGUAUCACGAUGAUACGUGUUAGUAGUGCUGGGACUUUUUGGCGUACUCCAGUUGGAAACAGGCUCACGGACGGUACACCUGCACUUUUACGGAUCUUCAGUCCCGGGACUGAGCGGACCUCUUUGGAGAAACGGCGUAUUGGGAGCGUUACACUUCAGCAGGCUGAAAAAAAAACCUGACGAAACUCCAGGAAUGUAAAACUCCACAUGUGCACGUUGAGAAGCGAGGAUGAUGCGAGGAUGAUGCGCGUAAGGAGAGGGUUUAUAAAUGGCAGGAUUAGCGUUGGAUCACUUUUUACCUCUUUUCCACUGACGCGGUGGAGCCGGUGCUGGUUCUGGGAACCGUUAGACCUUGUAAAGACGCGGCGUGCGGUUCCACCGGUUCCGGAUUAGCUUACUGUGCGAGUUUACUCACGAGCAACCUGUUAGAGAGAAACCCGUUCGGCUUUGGGGACACGUUUUAUCACCCGGUUGUCCAUCCACAGUACAAAAGCAUCACAUUUCGCUAAUUAUUCUGAACCUCUAACUGCGCAUUAGCAUUAGCGUUAGCAUUAGCAAUAUGGCUUCCGUGCAGUUCGUUCCUCGGACCAGUAAUUCACAGUUAUAUUUAUUUUUUAAUAAUAAUCUUCCAAACUAGAUGUGAAGUGUCUGAAAUAUAUCGUCAUACCUGAGGACUUCACAUCACAAAUUUAACUUGGCGAACGAUGGCCUUUAAAAAGUAAAUUAUUUUAGCUACAUUUAGCUACUUGUUACAGUAACGAAAUAACAAACGAGUUCCUCGUAUCGUCGUCAUGGCAAUGAAAAGACCACGCCCACAAGCUCUCACCUUGUUGGCUCCUCGGUUUCAGUCGAGCGUCUCAUCGGUGACGAGAAGAGUUGAGAAACGGUUUCGGAAUAAGCCCCGCCCCCAGGACUUGCACCAUCACAGUAUCAGCAGACAAGCGGUAGUUGUGGUUGUUUUUUUUGUUUUGUUUGUUUUUGUUUUUGUUAUUUUUUUUUUAAAAGCCUUUUCAGGUUGACAUUUUGUGCAAUAAUUAUUUAAGCAUGUUAAAGGAAUGUAAAGGCAGUCCGUCUCGGUGCGUAAAUAUAAAACGGAACGAAAACUUUGUUUUAGCUCGGGAGAUAAAAUUACGACUCACUCCGGCAAAAAAAAAAAUUAAUUACCUUCUUAUCCUGAAUGCAGUCGAGAGCUUUGAUGUCUCAGUUUUGUGUUUGUUUUUUUAUUUAUCUAUCUAUUUUGGUGUGACUCCGCCCCUUUAAGCCCCACCUCCAGCUGUUUAAUGCUAUAUUUGUAGCUGAAAGUGAUUGUUUCGGAGGUUGUUUUCGACGACCAUCGAAACUCCAGUGCAGAACUUAAAGUAAAACUCCACCCUGAAACUCAUUACGUAUGUUUAUACUGAAUAUAUAUAUAUAUUCUGGUGCUAAUUUGUCAUUGCUGUGUGUCGCUCUGAUGUCACAGGGCGCAGUCACAUUUGCGUUUAAUAAAACUCACUCACCAUUUUCCAGCGACGUCGUAUACAUGAAAAAUCCGCUAACAGUAGUAGUAGUGAAGCAAGACACUGGAGCAAAUGCUGUAUCCCAGAAUGCAGUGCAGCUAUGUGAGCGAUCUGCGGAGAUGAUGAUGGCGAUGGCGUUGAUGUUGAUGUUGACGGCGGUAUUAGCGUGAAAGUUGAAGCUUUGGAAGCGGAUCUCUUUGCGCAGAGUGAGAUACAGACGAGGAGGUGAGAGAGCUGGACAGAUUAAAGUACUAAAGCGCCGCUGCAUCGCUCUCUUUAGGUAGAGAGACCGCUAUCAGGACGUAGUCAGACGGCAUUGUGGGUAAUGUAGAGAAACGGAGAUAGAAUAGAGCGACCUUGAUGUCCAUGAAAGACGUUUAACCUAAAAAACUGUAACUGUAAUAAAUCUUUUGCAGCAUGUUGAUUAUAAAUACUGACUUGUUCAGGGUGGAUUUUUCCUUUAAGUAGCGAAAAUUACGCAGAAAAACAAGACGCCUCGGCUCAUCAGCAGCAUUUAUUAGAAAGCAGACACUUUCCAUUUUAGCGUCUUAUUGUAGAAAUCUUUAUUCAGCUGGAUCCGGACAUGAUCAUUUAUACAACUGUUUGCGAUAUAUUAUUGAAAUUAUAGCCAGUACUGAUAUUCAGGAGGAGGCGGAUUACAUAAACAGCAUUUCUGAGCAGAAAGGUUUCUCGUUUUAAAAUAAUAAAGAAGGCAACUGGCGCGAUUUUAAAAAUAAAAACAAAGUAAAACAUUCCUGAUCAUAAGGACUGCAGGACUCACAGCUCAAUGCCACUAAAACACACUCUUCUUCUUCUUCUUCUUCUUCUUCUUCUUCAUGGUGUUUUAAAGAAGAACUGACUUUGUUUGGGAGGUAAAAUGAAACUAACCACUCGAUCCGUCUCUUCUGCUGUUACGUCAGGUUGUGUACGCACUCGAGCUGUUUCACGUGGAUUAGGUAAAAUAUCGCAGUGCUGGGUGACGAAGGCUGUUUUUAUUCCUCUUUUUCCGGUAGUUAAUCUCUGGUGUUUAAAGCCCCGGCUGAAGACUGAGGACUGGAUUCGAUCAGAGCUCAGUGACUGUGUGUGUUUUCUGAUUUCAGAGAUUUCAGUAUGAUUUUUUGGGCUCGGGCUUUAUGGUUUAGUAACUUUUAAUUUGAUAACGUGUGAUGGUUUAUGUUUUGUUUUUGCUAUUUAACAUUAUUUAAACAAAAUGUUUGAAUUUUAAAAAAAUAUAUAAUAUAUUUUGAAUGA